ACAUGCCGCAGAUAAUGUUGAACAAACCAGCAGAGCAGACGCUUGACAAGUGUUGUUUCCUAACGAAUGAGGUUUUUCUUUCAGCUGGCGGUUUUGCGUCGUUGUCUAAAUGUAUAAUGUAAAUAGAUAGAGUUUUCCUUUUGAUCACGUACUUCCUAAUAAGACUAAAUAUUCAAGAAAUAGGUGACUGUUUAGAAACUAUCAUAAAAUAAUGAAAUUUUCUAGCUGUUUUUUCCUCUUAAAUCUGACGGGGCUUACUUUCUUUCUAUUCCUAGGUCUAAAAGAUUCUGGAGCUCUUAAGAUAACUCGUUUAUCAGUCCCAGCGUGGCUGAGGAACGGAUCACAGGAGUCCGUGGUGUUGGAUUGUGAAUACGACUUCACCAUGAAAGACAAUCAUCUCGUGGUGAAAUGGUUUCUUGAUAACGAUCCAGAACCGAUCUACCAGUGGAUCCCGGAACUUGGAAGCAGAUAUUUCUCUUACCGUUUACAAGGCAGAGUAAACCUAGAUUAUAGUGUUUCUCCGUCCAACGAGUACACCAGGUACCGAGCCAUAAAUAUCAUUAACCCUACCACAGAUCUGUCAGGGACGUACAUAUGUAAUGUAUUAUCAAGGGCAGGGGAAGAUCUACAGAAGAAGAAGAUGAUAAUAUACGCGCCUCCGAAAGAAUUUGGUUUCAAACUAAGCUAUGAGGAGAAGGAUGAACUCCGCCUUCAGUGUGAAGCUGAAGGAGUUUUUCCAGAUCCACAACUGAAGUUAUACAAGACUACUUCCACGGAGAAGCUACAGGACUUGACAAUUGAUGUGGUCCAAACCCUUUCUCGGGAUCCUUAUAAUGGUUAUAAUGUGAAAAUUAUGAAAUCAUUGAAAAUUACUCAUUUGUCUCGAAAUGAGCCGACAGUAUUUGAAUGUGUAAUUACCAUCAACGGAACCAAGUUCGUGAUGGAGAGAAGGUUGUUUCACUACCCUGAUGACCCUACCAGCAAAUCUUCCGGUCUGAGACUGAUGGACCUCAGAAUUUUGGUUCUUGAAAUAUUUGCAAUAUUUUGGUGUAGCCAUCCGUUGACGCAGUCAUUCUUUUAAUAUGUGAGUAAUGAAAAGUGAGAUUACUGUAUAUGAUAUAGGUGCCGAGUUUCCAUAGUGUAAUGUGUGUACAUAUAUAUGU